UGGAAACAAAUAUAAAUCGCUUGAGAAACUAUCACGUGAGGUUCGGAAGGCGGAAAAAUAUACCUGGCGCCAGUCAGUUCGAUGAUUAAUCUUAAAGCCUCCCCAAAAGAGCGAGGGGAGAAUGUUGAGGAGGAAGAGCUUGAGGCGGCGGAAGACGUACCUUGCGUGGUGGAGGAUACGGACGAAGGAGAAGGUGCAGGGAAGGAAGAGCUUGAGGAGGAUGCGGUGGAGGAAGAGCUUGAGGBGGCGGAAGACGUACCUUCCGUGGUGGGGGAUACGGACGAAGGAGAAGGUGCAGGGAAGGAAGAGCUUGAGGAGGAUGCGGUGGAGGAAGAGCUUGAGGCGGCGGAAGACGUACCUUGUGUGGUGGGGGAUACGGACGAAGGAGAAGGUGCAGGGAAGGAAGAGCUUGAGGAGGAUGCGGUGGAGGAGCUUGUCGGUCUCCCUUUCCCUCGCUUUCUUGCGAAGGGAAUAGGGAAAGGAUUAACGGAGUGUGUGCUGCGGGAGCGCGUGACAAUGGAGUUCUCGGAGUUCUACAAGGACUUAACGGCUGCAACCCCUUUCUUCCUGCUUGCUGGACCCAAUGUCAUAGAGUCGGAAGAGCACACGCUAAAAAUGGCACGGCAGAUCAAAAGCGUCACAGACAGUCUCGUUACUGAGCUAACGCAGCAGUGGCUUUGCAGGUUGCAGGAGCCUGGAAAUAGCCCUCCCGCGGGUGACAAACGUGGGGUGGACAUAGGGUUAGAUCUGCUGGCCGGCAAACUCCUUCUCCCAGUCGGUAACGCAUGGAUCAUUUGGAGUUUCGCCUUCAAUCCUCUAGUGACGUCCACAAAACGUUCUCGCAGUGCAGCGAAGAAAUCGUUGAGUGCCAACUCACGCAUGAUGGAUCGCCAUGUAGAAGGGAAUGAAGAGAAGCGGGGCAGGGUCCAGCGUGAAGAGGCACACAGUCAUAGGAAGUUGACCAUGGAGGAAAUCGAAUUAAGUGCAAAUGUUUUGGAAGAGCAAGGGACUGGGGAAGAGGUUAGAAUGGUAAAAGUCGGAGACUGUGAGGUUGUCAAACAUAGCUUGGAACAGCCCUCGUCGAGGUCAACUGGACGCCUUACGACUGCUAAAACAUGGGAAAGAUUCCAUGCUGAUUUCAGGCAGCUGCUGCAACCAGCUGGUCAGGAUGCUGUAACCAUUGUGACAGAAUGGGAUGCUUAUGUGGUGUACUGUGUGAUGCGUGCAACUGCCAAGUGGCAACAUCUGACACUGGCUUUGCACCGAAGCCUUCCAAUGUGCUAUAUCGAGUGUUGGGAUGCGUGGGAUGUGGCAGAGGAAGAGUGCGUACGGUCUGCAGUUGUUAUUCCUAUUAGUUGGAGUGCCACCACUCUCACAGGGAGCAGCUUGAAGCAGAUAGCCGACAUGUCUAUGUAUCCAGUGGAGGGAGCAAAGGUGUCGAAAGUAGAGAUGGUGAGAAUCGGGUUUGUCGAUCGAGAUGGGAAUGUUCUGUUUUUUGAGAUCUUUGAUGCUAAGGUUUUUGGUGCUCUCUCCAUCAAUGGAGGACCAGAUUUGCAGUGGCAGACUAUCCUCCAGGUCAGCUUUGACAAGGCAAACCGAACCUCGGGCAAGUCAUUUCGGGGACCAGGGUUGGAAGAUGGCUUAAAGAUUUUGGAACAAGUCAAAGUCAAGUUUGGACUUCCGGUUGUUACAGAUGUUCACGAAUCACACCAGUGCGAAGCAGUUGGCAAAGUGGCAGACAUCAUCCAGAUACCAGCUUUUCUCUGCAGGCAGGCCACAUCAGCACGACACGGCAGCAGUGCCACGUCAGCAACUAGUCACCGCAGCAGCAGGUCACGUCAGUGCAUGGUGCUCACCCGCUCAAAGACAAGCGGCAUGGAUCAGCAGCCAGGCGAGACUACCGAGGCCUAUGAGACCCGCAUGCUGGACAUGGUAGCAGAGUUCAAGCAACGGGCACCUGCGGCAACAUCCGCACAUAAGAAGGAAGAUCAGGAAGCAGAGGGACAGCGUCGCCUCGCUGAGCAGCAGCGACAGGAGGACGCUGAGGCAGCAAGGAAGGCCGCAGACGAACGCCGUCGACUACGCCGAGACAAAAUCCUCAAAUGCGAGGGGGACAUCGAGGUCAUUGUCAACGAAUGGGCAGUGGCUGCUGAAGAGGAGGGUGUUCCCCCUGCUGUGCGUGGCCUUGCAACCACAAUCGAACAUGUGAGCGACUUGGUCGGCACCUGUGCAGCACAGCAAGAGGACAUCCUCUGCGUGGACACCCUGGUCCAGAAGCAGGCUCGACUUAUCGACAAACUGCUUGACCGGGUACGCCGGCUGGAACAGCAGCCAACAACAGCCACCCCCGCCGGACCCUCCAACUUCACGGACCGCGUCAAUGUCUUGGAAAUCAACGUCGAGACUCUCAAGGACGGCGCUCUAGCGACAAAUCAGCGGAUUGACCAGUGGAUUUGUGCUGCUGCAGCCAGUCCGACCGCGACUACUCGCGAGAGCAUCCCAAAGUUUGACGGCCUGCCGAUCUUCUGCGAUGCAACGAAGACAGACCCGAUCCCAUGGUGGCGCCAGUUCGAGUUGAAGUUGGACAUUCACCACAUCAACCCGAACCGGCACGCAUACUUGUACUCCCGCUCAGGGGGCGCAUGCCAGGCAUGGCUGCACAACAUGUUGUCCACGCACAACGUCGCAGUCUCCGAGCUGCAUACGAAGAUCAGCUGGGCUGAUCUCAAGGCAGCAUGGCAAAAGCGGUUCCAAGUGGAGCCGCCCGAGCUUCAGGCAGCCGAGAAACUUCAACGGUUCUAUCAGAACGACCUGCCAAGCACGGAUUGGAUAACCGUGUACCAACGCUUGGCAUCCACGCCCAACUUGCCAUCGAACUUCGUCGCCAUCAAACACUUCUUCAUCAGGAGGAGUUGUCCAGCGUUGCAGAAUGCCUUGACGCAAGUUGUGGAGACGCUCACCACAACUGAGCAGCUUUUUUAUAAAGCCUCGCAGAUCAUCGUGACGAACACCGAAGCCAAGAAUUUGGGUCGUUCGUCCGCUGCGAGCCAGGGCAGAGAUCAGCAUCGGCCGAAAGUGGCCGUGGUCGCAGCAACUACAGCGACCGAUCCUUCGAACGAGGCUGCCUCUUCUGAUGAAGGAGACAGAUUGACAGCUGCCCGGGAUGGUGGCCGCCCCGCCAGAGGGCGAGGACGCGACAAACCGAAGACACACACCAAUUCAUCCCCCGGGGCCGGACCAGCGGCUCAAGAGCCUUUGACACAUUACGAUAUCUCGGAAGGCGUAAACCGCAUCCGUACUAAGCAAAUUCCCUUCGGGAAAGUGAGCACCGCCGAGAGUGAUGCAGCUGCACUCUCGACGCCUUCGGAAUCGGUUGCCUCGCGAGCGACCUCUCUUCAUUCCGAGGCACAUGCGGAAGUCGACAGUCCUCUCUUAUAUACUUACGAGGACUAUGCUGCCCGACUCGUUCCGUCGCUGGGUUCUCAAGCUCAAGGACAAGAUGUGUGUGCGGCUUCUUCUCCGUCCGGCAACAACAACAAUGAAUCGUCUUCAAGUGGUUCUUCAAGGGAUUCGACGUACGAGUUCAACAUAGAGGUCUUGGACCCGUUGACGUCCGAGGAAUCUGCAUGGCUUCCUCUCCCUUCCACAGGCUUCUUGUCGGGACCGCAAUGCGCAGCACUAUGCGCCCAUCUCCACACAUACUUAGCCUUCUAUGCACCACCACCUUCGCCGAUGGAUGACGAAGCUGCGGUGGGGGACAUCCUUGCGUACGUUACCAAGGUGGCCCGCGAGUUUCGCAUGCAGCGGUGCGAUGAUAACAACGCACCGCUCCUUUAUGUCCACAUCCAAGUUGGGCAAGCGUCCUGCAGCGCUUUGCUGGAUAGCGGCGCGACUUGCAAUUUCAUAAGCCAGUCCUUUAUCCAAAGGGCUGGCCUUGGCGCACAAGUUCAAAGGAAGCCAAACCUGACAACGAUCAAGUUGGCGGACGGUCGGAAGCAACAACUCCUCGAUCGCUACAUUGAAGCUGUGCCGGUUUAUUUCGCACCUCGUGCAUGCGAAACGGUGACAUUUGACGUCUUUGACACAGACUUCGACAUUAUUUUGGGGAUGCCUUGGCUUGCAAGUGCGGAUCACACGGUUAACUUCCAUCAACGGACACUUACCGUUCGCGACGCCUUCGGCGCCGAGGUGCCGUGUACCAUUCCUCUUCCGCACUCCUCGAUCCGGUGCCAAGUUGUAACGACCAAGUCUUUUCGGGCCACUUGCGCUUACGAGCGGACCGACGAGAUAGGCCUAUGUUUUCUACGAGCCGCCGCGACGACCGAAUCUUCACCUACGGACUUGUCUUCAGACCCCCGAGUGGUGCGGCUGCUCGACGAGUUCACUGACAUCUUCGAGUCUCCUACCGGUGUGGUGUCGGAUCGGCCGAUCUCCCACGAGAUCAUUCUUGAGACCGGUGUCGUGCCACCGAAAGGAUGCAUCUAUCGCAUGAGCGAGGAAGAGCUUGCGGUUCUCCGCGCUCAACUCGAUGAUCUGUUGGACAAGGGCUGGAUCUGCCCUAGUAGCUCGCCAUUACGCGAGUUGCGACCAUUACCAGUCCCCUUGCGCCGAAGGGAGGUGAUUGCCAUGGACAUUACCGGGCCAUUCCCCAAGCACAAGACUGGUGUGGAUGGGAUUCUCACGGUGGUCGACCGACUCACCAAGUUCGCCAUGUUUUUGCCUUGCCGCUAUCAUGCCAAGGCACCGGAGUUGGCCAAGACAGACCUCCUUGUUUCUGCUGCGAAGACGGGAAAAGUCGUGAACAUCAAGAAAGGGCAGUUCUGUGCUCCGCAGGUUAUGUGCAAUUCCGCAGACAAAGUCCGGCUAGCUGGGAACCCAAACGUGAUGGUCUGCGAGCGAGGAACUAUGUUUGGCUACAGUGAUCUCAUUGUUGACACACGCAACCUUGUGUGGAUGCGUGAUGCCGACUGCCCAGUGGUUGCUGACAUAACGCAUUCACUUCAACAGCCUGCAGCUCAGAAGCUUGAAGAUGGAGGAGUUGCAAGUGGUGGUCUGCGGCAUCUGAUCCCAUCAAUUGCAAGAGCCUGUGUAGCUGUUGGAGUGGAUGGACUCUUCAUGGAGGUUCAUGACGAUCCACUCCAAGCACCAGUGGAUGGGCCUACCCAAUGGCCCCUGCGCCAUCUGGCAAGUUUGCUCAAGGAACUUAUUGCUUUAGGUAGCGUAACUAAAGGCAAGCAAGAUAUGGAGAUUGACCUUACGCCAGUUGAAGACAAUGAAGAUCUGUAAAGAACAGGUGUGACAUGUGGGGGGUUCUCUCUUUCUGGAAACACAACUCUGGCCACAAGUUGGCGUGCAGAUGAGCCAUAAAAGAUACCUUUCCCAUGUACGGUACGAGGUUUUCAAUCUAUUAAUAACUCAGAAACAGUCAGAAUGUACGGAUCUCUGAGGGCAUGCACACACUUGUAGUCUUGUACAACUGCAAAUAAGGCCAAAAUCAGUCACGCACUCACCCAAGCACGCCCCAGCUUUUUGAAACAGCACCCAAGCUAGACAAAACAAGUGAUUUGGGGAGUUGGAACUCCUCUUAGCCUGAGCAGCAGGAUGGGAGAGCUGAGCACUGGUGGCGUUGUCAUCGGCGACAUUCGGGUGUUUUCUUUUUUGCUGUGAGAAGUGAAGUCCGUGACACCUGACUAUUGUAUUAUCCACAUCCCAGUGUGAGUAUGCUCUAGCUCCCUGCCUAGAAUGAAUGGUGUGCACCUCUAGAAGUUCGUCAACGAGUUCAAGGCCUCUUUUUUUUUUAAGUAACACAUCAGAAGAAAAACAACUGACAUCAGCGGCUCUCUGCAUACCCUAUCAAAAUCUGGGAGAACUUUACUGUGUACACCAUGUUGAUGUCACAAGGGCGAAGUCAUGGCAUGUUUUUAUUUUAUUUUAUUUUUUAACCUUCACCGAUUUCUAGAAGGGGGCAAGGGAACUCCAUUUCCUGUGUAAACAAUACUUAAAAGACCAGCAACCAAAAGAUCCAUCAGAUUUUAGGUUGAACUUGUCAGUUCUGUAAGCUGAGGAAAAUUGAUAGCGGUCUAGGGCACUGUUGGGUUUACCAAGAGGUUUGUCCAGAGGCACACGCAAGGCAAGCGGAUGCAAGCAUGGAUGAGAAAGGAGGUCUAGGAGGAAGGAUGGGAUUUCAGGAUGGUGAAGAUUGCUCACCUUUUCUCUCUUCCAGAUGCAGAUGUUUUGUCCAUGAGCUUAGAAGCGAUUUAGGAACAUCAUGGGCCAUAUGACCAUUAUAGGUGACUAAGCGCGUACCUUGCACUCAAGAGUUUCAGUUGUGGCCAGAUUCAGUACAAAUGGUCCUAGCGUCAAUAUACCCUAAGGAACUGGAAGGCGUGGAUGAGGGCAGAUGUCGAGGAUAAGGAAAGUCCAGCAGAGUCCACCAAAGUGCUAAGUGAGCUGUUCCUUCAAUAUUAUACUGACCAGUCUCGAAUUUGCAGUUCUACAGAACAAUGAGGCGCA